GUUUCCAGUGUGAAGGCGUGACUCCGCAUUUUGCGCUGCAGCUUCCGAGUUGAUAUCUACUACUCCGUUAAUAAGAUCUCCCUUCCUCGGAAACAAUUUGAAGAUGUUUCGGAAAUCGAACCAGCUUCCUCCCGCACCGAGGGUAGCCACAUUAACCACCCCUCUGUGGAGCCGCGCGGGCCGUGGCUCCAGCAGUCCCAGCACCGCCACUCGGCCACUCGGCGACCCCGGCCGCUCUCCUGCCGCGGCUGCCCGCCACACUCCGCCGCCUCCUGACGACGUGGCCAUCUCUCGCCUGCGGAGCCUCUCUCAACAGGAGAGAGGGAGGAGGCUGAUAGAGGCGGCCGAGCAGGGCGCGGCGGAGCAGCUGCGCGAGUUGCUGGCGGCUGGGGCGGACGUGGCGGCGAGGGAUGAGUGGACCAGCUGGACCGCCCUGCACCUGGCAGCAGGCAGGGGUCACGUGGCGGCGGCCAGCUGCCUCGUCGGCGCCGGCGCGGAGGUCGACGCCAGGACCAGCCUGUAUCAGAGCACGCCCCUGCACUGGGCUGCACAGAAUGGCCACGCUGGUGUGGUGCGGCUGCUGGUCGGCGCCUCUGCUGACCCCAACGCCAGGGAUUUCCUGGGGCGGACGCCGCUGCACAGGGCGGCAGUGGGGGGCGACGCAGAGGCGGCGGCUGAGCUCCUGCUGGCGGGGGCGGACAGGGGGGCCCGGGAUGGGGGUGGCAGCACCCCCCUGGACGUCGCCAGACAGAACAGAAACCAGCAGCUGGUGGAUAUGCUGACACAACGCUGA